AUGGAGAAAACGAAGAAGAACGCCCAUGAAGAAGAAGAAGAGACUGAUCUUAUCAACAAUCUCCCUGACUCCAUUCUCUGUUUGAUCAUCUGUUACCUACCCAUUAAACAAGUAGUAAGAACAAGCAUCCUAUGUAAAAGAUGGAAGAAGCUAUGGAUGUCAAUUCCGUCUAUCAACUUUGAUUUACAGAAACCAAAUCCUUUGAACAAAAAUCUGAACAAAGAGGUACGUGAAGUAAUCGAUCAUAUCUUCACAUCUCAUCAUGGAAAAAUAGAAAGUUGUUGGAUAAAGCAUUGCAGGAAAAACAUCAAACACCAUGAGGUGCAGAGAUGGAUAGAACAACUAAAGUCCAAUAGAAGGAGCAUCAACAAGCUUUCUCUUCAAUGCAUGAGCAUUUUUGCAUGGAAAUGGUAUCACAUACAAAACAAAGAGCGGUACCAGUUACCUUCUCGGAUAUUCAGUUUUAGUUCUCUUCAUGAAUUAGAACUGAAUAACUACAACUUAUGGGAUUCUUCACCUUUCGAAGGUUGCAUGAAUCUAACUACAUUAAAGCUUGUUUCAAUUCUUCUAAAAUCUGAUGUAAUCCUCCAAGGUAUAAUCUUCAAUUGUGGGUUGUUAGAGAAUUUGAGUCUAAUUCGAUGUGAAGGUCUACAGACACUCAAAAUUCUUGACCGGAAUCUUAGGGUUUUGAAGAUUGAGAAUUUACAAGUAAAGGGCAUAGAAAUUCAUGAUAUGAGUUUAAGAACAUUAGUUAUUGAUACUUUAUCAUCUGGUAAUGGCUAUAAAAUCACUACUCCAAAUCUCCAGCAGCUUUGCAUUACUCAUCGUCAUCAUGCUUCUGCCUUGAUUGAUAUUAACUGGACUGGAAUUGAGAUUAUUGAAGUCAGCAGCAAUUUCCGUGCUAAUCCCUACAAGGAAGUGUCACCAUUUGAGAAUUUGCAGAGGCUAUUCCUCAAUUUGAAUUUGAAAGAUGUAAGACAGGCUCCUAUGCUUGCCUCCAUGUUGAGAAGGAAUCGGUAUCUACAAGAACUAAUAAUUGAGUUGGUCGAGGGGGCCGAAAAGUUUGAUCCAUUUCUAGCCUACGGUCCUGUUGUGGUUGCUCGAGAUGGGGAACGUAUACUUGUGAUACGUGCUUAG